UCCAGGACUCCAGUCCACAGUACCUCGUCUCCUCCAGGACUCCAGGCCACAGUACCUCGUCUCCUCCAGGACCCCAAAAAGAUCUGUGCCUCAACACAAUCCUGUCUCGGCGCUCUACGGACAAUUCCUUCGUCCUCAUGGCUUGGUUUCUGCUGCGACAUGCACUGUCAACUGUGAAACCUUAUUCAGACAGUAUGGAGAAGAGCCAGUAUGGACCACCGCAGGACGUGUUGGCUCCCCCCUAUCCCGGCUUCCCAGCGGGCAACCAGGGAAGUGGGGGGGGAACAGCCUACCCCCCCCAGCCUGGCUUCCAGGGAGGUCCCCAACCCAGCAUGUACCCACCACCUCCCCAACCCAGCAUGUACCCAACACCUCUCCAAUACGGCACGGACAUGGCACAACCUACAAAUGCCCCCGGCAUACACCGUGGAAAACGAGAACCAAAUAGUGGUCACACAAGUAACCCAGGUGGUGGUGAUACAGCAGCCGCUGCUAAGAGACGUACCCGGCCAGAUGACGUGUCCCUACUGUCAGGUCCUGGUUCUGACAGAGGCCACACACACCCCUGGACUGGCCGCCUGGCUUGUCUUUGGAGUCCUCUGCUGCUUCAUGUGCUGGCCAUGCUCUUGGAUUCCAUUCUGCGUUGACUCCUGUAAGGAUGUAGAACACCGAUGCCCCAACUGCAGGAGAGUGAUCUACAUCCACAAACGCGAAUAGACCAAGAUGAGACGCAUGCCACGAAGUGAUCCACAUGUGACUAGACCAAGAUGAGAAACCUGCCACAAACGGAUCCACAACUAGCCCUGGCCCACAGACACUGCUGCCACAAAGCGAUCUAUACUUUUAUGAAUCCAUUCCAAUACACCACUAUACAACUAGUCUACAACUCUACACCACUAUACAACUAGUCUACACCACUAUACAACUCUACACCACUAGUCUACACCACUAGUAGGUCAAGAACGCUUUUAGUACCGGAGUAAUGGUGACUCAUAUUUCCAACCUUAACACACACGCUUGUGAACAAUAGUCUGCCUGUGGCUGAGAUGACUACUGGAGGACCAGCGUAACAUUGACUAGUGUCAGUGUGUAACAAGCUAAGGCCACUUCUAGCAGACUUUUUACACUGAUUGUAAUGUAUGUAUUCUUUCAUUCUGUGAAUCUUCAUGUUAGACGGAAAGUAGGAUUCUAUUUGCAUUGAUUGGUUGUUGGGUUUUUUAAAGGGACAGUUCACAGUUGAAACAAUAAAAAGCUGA